GGAACCACUAGUUUCCAUCUUUCCUUACUCCGGCAGUUAAAUGCUUAUCGUUGGACCUCUAUAGAAUCGAGAGCAUCUCUUAUUGAUCGCAACGCGGCAAGAAGUAAGAGCGUUCUCCUACUGAGAUAAAAGUGGACGUGGACAAUCACCUAGACCUCGUUGACGAGUACAUAGUCUCUGACAGCGAAAAGAUCGGAGGAUGUGAUUUACUAUGCCUUCGCACGUGGAUCAGUAACCUUAGAUUUUGAGAGUGUGAAGCAAGAAUCAGUUGGCGCUACCUUUCCAUUAGUACUAAACACACUUGUGGACAUGGAGCUAUACUUUGGUGUCCUCUGCCUCCUUUCACUACUUCAUAUUGCUAAAGGUAGCCUGUUGUGUUCCGUGUGUGACAGCGUUACGAAGCCCGACUGCGAGGUGAACCCCCCAGCAGCGACGUUGUGUUGGCAGUCAGGACAAGGAGUGAAACAAAGCUGCACUACAAUCAGGGAAUACAAGAUUGAUACAGAAAUCCUGCUGAUGUUCCGUCGGGAUUGUUCCACGAUGGACGAAGGCACGUGUUACAACCCUCAGGGUCAAAACAAAACUCUGUGUAUUGACGUAUGCUUCACCGAUAACUGCAAUGCCGCUGCCUCAUCAGUUUUACCGUCCUACAAGUCGCUGCUGCCUCUGAUCACGGCGCUGCUGCUGCUGCUUCCAUGCCUUUAAUGAUUCAUACACCUACACAUGUUAUGUUUCAUGGGGCGAACCCUCGUAUGUCCAGACACCUCAUUGACGCUGCGAACUAAAUUAUCUAUAUUUUAAAUUCAUCGUUUCCAUAACCAAAGUUUUGUUAAAUGGGUAAUUAUGAGUGAGGAUGUGAUGUACUGUCACCUAAACACAUCUGGACGGUCAAUGAAAUCGUCCGAAAUUAUCCUUUGGAGCUAGUAAUGUCGCUUGG